AUGCACUGGUCACCAGAGCAUGCCCAGUCCCUCAACCAGUGGCCGGAGCAGCACCUCGACGUCUCCUCCACCACCUCCUCUCCAGCCCACAAAUCCGAGCUCUACCCCAGCACCCGACAACGUUUCAACUACGCUUGGGCCAACGACGACAUCUCGGCCCUCACCGCCUCCAACCUCCUCAAGAGGUACGCCGAGAAGUAUUCGGGGGUGCUGGACGCACCCUACGAGCGCCCGGCGCUGAGCGGCUACGGGGAUGGAGCCUUCGGGACGGUUAACGGGCAGAAAGGGGACGGGGAGCCCUGGCCGGGGGCUCACGGCUCCGACGGCUCCUACCCCCUGACCCCCCUCCACGAUGCUCUCCCGGGGGCCAAGGGGGUGGUGCCCCCCGCCGUCCCCCCCGGCGGUGGAGCCAUCAGCCUGGGGGGUUCCCCCGUGGUCUCGGCCAACCUCGCCGACCCCAUUUAUCCCGGGAAUUCCUGCGGAGGAGCCGCCGCCGGUUCGGCUGGGUUGGGGUCAUCUCAGGAAUAUCCCUCAGGCUACGGCGGCACCUACUUGCCCUCCGGCUAUUGCACCCAACCCGCGGCCGCGCUUCCCCCCCCGCACCCCCCGGGGCUCCUGCAGCCCCCGCACCCCUCGCCCGCCCUCGUCCCAGCCUACGGCUCCUCCGGUCCCGUCUACAACUACGCGGCCGGCACCUACCCGCCCCAGCCGGGCUACGGGGCCAUCCACCCGCCCCAUCCCUCCGCUUCCUACCUCCCCUCCGCCAUCGCCACCCCCACCCCCAUACCGGCCCCCCCGCCCCCCACUCGCCCCACCUAUGGCUACCAGGGGGCGGGUUUGGCCCCGCUGGCCGUGCCGCCCCUGGGCACCGAGGCGGCGGGAGCCCUGAAGCGUAAAGCCUUCGACAUCUCCGGCGGGGAGGACGAGGGGGAGGGCAGGUACAGGAAAUACAGCUACGAGCAGCCAAAGUCCCCCUACCCCAUGUCGGACAACGGCGAGUGCCGGGGCAACGGGUUCGGUGGCAGCACCGAGUCCCCUCAGGUGACCUUCAAGCCCGGGAAGCGGCCGUCGGGAGCCGGGAACGCCGAGGAGCACAGCGGGAAAUACGGGGGGCAGGCAAUGAAGAGUAUGGUGUCACCACCCUACGGUGCUGGGGAUGCUCCUCUGAGGCCACCCGAGCCCUUCGAGAAGUUCAGUCCCCCCCUGGCCAACGGGGAGCGGGCAGCCGAGCCGGGCCCCCCCUUCCCGUUGCGGCUGCCCCCCAAAGCACCGCUCUUCGGCAUGGAGGAGCAGCCCAAGAACGUCGACCCCAUGGUCUUGGAGCUGGUGAACACCAAGAUGGUGGAGAGAGGGCCCCCCGUGCAGUGGGCAGACAUCGCUGGGCAGGUCUCUGUCAAAGCCACCAUCGAGGAGGAGCUGGUGUGGCCCAUCCUUCGUCCCGGCGCCUACACCGGGGCCAACCGGCCGCCCCGAACCAUCCUGCUCUUCGGUCCCCGGGGCACGGGGAAGACCCUGCUGAGCCGCUGCAUCUCCACCCAGCUGGGCUCCACCUUGCUGAAGCUCAGUGGAGCAGCCCUGCUCUCCACCUGGAAAGCUGAAGCCGAGAAGAUCCUGCAGACCGUCUUCUUCGUGGCCAGCUGCCGGCAGCCCGCCGUGGUGCUCAUCACCGAGGCCGAGUCCUUGCUGGUGGCCCGGGCCAGCGAGGAUGGCAGCCAGGUCAGCAACCUCAAAUCUCAGCUCCUUUCCUACAUGGACAACGUCUCUACCUCAUCCGAGCAGAACGUGGUCAUCAUCGGCACCACCUCCAGGCCCGGCAGCAUGGACGAAGCUUCCCACCGCCGCUUCGCCAAACGCUUCUACAUCUCCCCCCCCGACAGCAUCGCCCGGAGACAGAUCCUCCACCACGCCCUGGCCCAGAGGAGCUCCUGCCUGAGCGAGAGGGAGAUGUCCUCCUUGGUGCAGCACACCGAGAGCUUCUCUGGCAGCGAGCUGGUCCAGCUCUGCCAGCACGCCGGGGCCACCACCACCCUGCACGCUUUGCCGGGGCAGAUCCAACCCACCUCCUACCAGGACUUUGAGAAAGCCUUCUGCAAGGUCCGCCCUGCUGCCUCCCAGAAGGAGCUGGACUUGUUCCUGGAGUGGGAUAAAAUGUAUGGCACCCGGCACUGA